CACACCGGCCCGGAGGCAGUCGUAAACGAGCAUGUACCGUCCGACACGAUCAGUCCGCGUUCGCGCACCGCAUCGAACAGUUCGUCGCCGUCGCGCCAUGUACACGGCGUCCUCGCUACUGCUACCGUCGCAGCAGUCGUCGUCGUCGUCGUCGAAACCGAAAUUAUUUUAUAACAGCCGAAAAAACGUUUCCGCCGUUGGAUCGCCACUGCUCUGACACACAACUGCACAAACGUUUUAACGACAAUAAUAACUAUUAAAAAUACGCCGCUUCUGUCGUGAAGGUUUUUUUUUUUUUUCCGCGCGAUUUAUUUAUCGGUACUCUUGCUCGUCGCGGUCAAGUGUUAAUAUUAUUAUUUUUUCCGAUUUAUUUAUUAUUUUUUUUUUAUUACUAUUAUUAUUAUUACUUUUAUUCUAUUCUCUCGUUGUCUUGACAUGGUCGUCGGCCCCGCGCAGGCCAUUUUCUAGCGCAUGCAUUCGGUCGACGAGUGACCACCGCUGCCGCCCCGCCGACGCCGCGAGUAUGCGCCUGUUCUUCGCUAUUCUCAUAGCCAUACCGAUGUGGCAGUCGGUGUGCGGACAAUACCACCACAGCAACGUGUCGUCCGGUCCGCAGUUCAACUAUGACGCGCCAGAGGACUGCGCGUGGAAGGUCCGCGACGGUCACGGCGACGAGGUGCUGCUGGCGUGCACGCUCCGGACCAUCAACAGCGAGAUGGACACCACGAAUUUCUCGGCCAUCCCGUCUGAGCACACCGUCUCGUUGCUCAUAUCGUGUGAUCCCGAAGUCAAGGCUCUUAGUUCGAUGGAGAACCAGAGUUUUGCCCAUCUCGUGCGACUCCGCGAGCUCGAGCUGGACGCGUGCAAGCUGGCCCGAUGGCCGGCCGCCACGCUAGCGGGUCUCACAGACCUGCGAAACCUGACCGUCAGGACGGGUAUGUCCGAUUGGCCGAACACCGACAUGACCAUCGAAAUAGCGACCGGCAGUUUCGCGCAUGCCAGCCGCCUGGAACGGUUGGAUCUGAGUACUAACAACAUGGUCGCGCUGCCCGAGAACGCGUUCUGUCAUUUACCCAACUUGGUGCUCAUAAACCUGAGCAGGAACCGCAUACAGGACGUAGCUGACUUGGGCUUCGGGGAACGCGCGCCACCGCCACCGCCACAGCCGCUUAUCAGCGGCCGUGAUGAAGUGUACGAGGCAAACACGUACAUGAGGAAGCCCGCGUCCGGUCAGUGUCCACUAGAUGUCCAGUUCGUUGACAUAUCGUGGAACCGCAUUACCGUAAUGCCGUCAAAUGGUUUCAGCUCAUUACGUCGGCUCACUGAGCUACGACUUGCCGGCAACGAGAUAUCAGUAGUCAACGAUAAGCCGCUAGGCGGUCUUACAGGUCUAGAAUUUCUCGACUUAUCUUGUAACAAUAUCGUCUCGUUGCCCAUCGACAUGUUCAAGGACGUAGCUUAUAGUAUUAAACAAAUCUAUUUGCAAGAUAACUCGAUCGGUACUUUGUCUCCGGGUCUAUUUGUCAACCUGUACCAGCUGACUUCGCUGGAUCUUUCAUCUAAUCAGCUUACAAGCACUUGGAUAGACGCCAGCACGUUUACAGGACUUAUUAGACUAGUUGCGUUGAACUUGUCUAAUAAUAAAAUAUCCAAACUCGACCCAACAAUAUUCCACGACCUGUACACACUACAGAUAUUAAAUUUGGGUGGUAAUCAAAUCGAUUCGAUUCCAAACGAUGCAUUCAUACCACUUCGAAAUCUCGACACGUUAGUGCUGUCUAAUAACAAAAUUGUCGAUAUCAGUCCAUUGGCUCUAAACGGCCUUUACGCUCUGACUUUACUCUCGUUGGAUGGUAAUAAACUAACAGACGUGCACGAGGACUGCUUCAAAAAUUGCACAACAUUGCGUGAAUUAAACCUCAGUGGGAAUGUUUUGAAGACUAUUCCAUUGGCUUUGAGAGAAAUGAGAAUGUUGAAGAACGUAGACCUGGGAGAGAAUCAAAUAGAUUUUAUAGACCCAGAUUCGUUUUACGGCAUGUCAAAUUUAAAUGGUCUAAGAUUGAUGGGAAACCGACUACGCAAUUUAACGUCUAAUCUAUUUGAUAAUUUGGUUUCACUACAAAUAUUGAGCGUUGCACACAAUCAAAUUGACUAUGUGACUGCGGACGCAUUUGAAAACAUUUCAAAUAUAGAAGCUAUCAGAUUGGACGGAAAUCGUCUAUCGACAAUUGAGCAUAUAGUUCGCAACGUGUCAAGUCUGAAGUGGUUAAAUGUAUCUGAUAACGUCUUAAAUGAUUUUGAUUAUGGCAUGUUACCGGAAAAUCUCGAAUGGUUGGCUAUGCACAAAAACUACUUGACCGAGUUGUCCAACAAAAAUGGUGUCACUAUCAAAAUCCGUCAGCUGGACGUGAGGUACAACUACUUGACGUACAUCAGUCCAGCCUCAAUACCCGACAGUGUAGAAAUACUAUUGAUGAACGACAACCAGAUUAUGACCGUGGAGACAGGGACGUUCUUAAAAAAGACCAACAUCACUCGGGCUGACAUGUAUGCAAAUCACAUUGGCCAAUUGGAUAUCAACGCACUGCGUCUUGCACCCGUCCACUCGGACAAACCACUACCAGAGUUCUACAUCAGCGGCAAUCCGUUUCAGUGUGAUUGUAAAAUGGAGUGGCUGCAACGUAUCAACCUGCUGGCUGGGCUACGCCAAUAUCCGAUGGUGAUGGAUUUAUCGUCAAUUUAUUGCAAGCUGCUGUACAAUCGAGAGAACAAGUACGUACCAUUGGCCGACAUUAACCAAGCGCAAUUUGUGUGCACGUAUAAGACUCACUGUUUCGCCGUGUGCCAGUGUUGUGAGUUUGACGCUUGUGACUGCGAGAUGACAUGCCCGGCAAACUGUACAUGCUACCACGACCAACCGUGGUCGUCCAAUAUCGUUGACUGUUACUCAUCCAAUUACACCCAGCUUCCUGCUAAAAUUCCUAUGGAUGCCACAGAGGUAUAUCUAGAUGGAAAUCUGUUCACGCACUUAUCCAGCCAUGCCCUAUUAGGCCGCAAGAACCUACGUAUACUGUUUGCCAAUAACUCGGGCAUUCAAUCUGUACGCAACGACACAUUUACGGGGCUUAAGCGACUGGCCGUAUUGCACCUAGAGGACAAUAAGAUCGAGAGGUUCGAUGGAUCCGAAUUCAACACUGUUGAAAACCUUCGAGAACUGUAUCUACAGCACAAUGCUAUCAGUUACAUCAGCAACAUGACAUUUGAACCGUUAAAAAGCUUGCAAGUGCUGAGACUCGAUCACAACAGGCUGUACGACUACGACUCUUGGAUAUUGUCAACCAAUUUACGCCUGACCGAGCUGUACCUUUCCAACAAUCCAUGGUCGUGUGACUGUGAAUUUGUCCAGUCGUUCCGACGGUACAUUAUGGUAUCCGGUAACAGGGUCGUGGAUUCGUCCGCCGUCACGUGCCAUUCUGACGGCAACAGGGAUGUAAGUAUUCGGGACCAAAAUGCCACUGAAUGUAGUUCGUUUUUUGGUUCAAUCGUAGAAAACCGAAUCGUCAGAGACGUAUUACCUACGGUAUUAACGGCUGUGUGUAUAAUUUUAGCUCUGGUGCUAAUCUUGUACCUUGUAGUCGUGUACAGAGAAGAGUGUCGCGCUUGGGUGUACUAUAAAUGCGGAUUCAGAAUUUGUCAUAAAACCGUACCAUUCGAAGAUGACAGGAUGUUUGAUGCGUACAUCACGUACAGUCUGAAAGAUGAUGGUUUCGUUGCUCAGAUGCUAGCACCCGGGCUAGAACAGGGCAAUCCUAGGUACAGGGUAGGCCUACAUUAUCGGGAUUUUAAUGUCAGCUCAUUUGUCGCCGAUACUAUCGUGGAAGCUAUCGAGUCAUCCAAGAGGACGAUUCUAGUUGUUUCUAAAAAUUUUGUGGAAUCUGAAUGGUGUCGAUUUGAAUUUAAAUCAGCACUGCACGAGGGUCUUAAGGAUAAAAAGGGACGGCUCAUCAUUGUCACCCUUGGCGAAAUUCAGCCAAAGGACGUCGAUCCAGAACUCAGAGUUUACAUGAAAAAUUCUAUUCAAGUAAAUUGGGGUGAUCGAAUGUUCUGGGAAAAAUUAAAGUUUGCUAUGCCAGAUGUUAGCAAGUGUCAAAGUUUAAUGUCCCGAUCCAGAAAUGGUGUAAACAUCUAUGCGACGCCAUUGAGGACGUCCUAUUCAUUUGCUAGCCAGCCACCUAGGACUGCUUCAGUACAAUCUAGCAAGUAUUAUUUGUCACCAGCGUACGUGGAUUCUUCGCAGCAUCUUUGGGCGUGAUUUUCCAAAAGUGUUUAUGCAAUGUCAAUGAAGAGGCCGCUCAAAACCAAAAAUUAAAAAUAAAUCUUUUGAACACGAUCCUUUUAAUAUAUAUA